AUGCAAGAGUCCAUGCGCGAGUCGCUCCGAGCGCAGAACAGCGCGUCCGCCUGCGCGGAGAUGCAGAAGGCGAUCGCUAAAGGCAGUGUGAAGCUCAAGAGCGACCUCAAGCGCUCGAGCGCGUUCGUGAAGAAGCUCAAGGUGCUUACGGACGCCAACGUCGCCGCUUGCCUCAAGGACGUGGCCGAGCUCAACCUCACGCGGUACUUGAGCGAGUGCAUCGUUGCCCUCGUCGAGGCGAUCGUGACGCUGAAGCCAAGCGAAGUGGGCUCGCACGUCCAAGUCAUCAGCGCGCUGCACCAGCGGUACGGGACCAGCGACCUCACGGACCCACUGAUCGCCGCGUACGUCACGGCGGCGUUCAACCCGCCGAAUCCGCCCGCGGACGCCGCUGCCAAGCAAAAGCACAGCAAGCGGCGCCUUGUCACGUUGCGUGUACUCACGGAGCUCUACCUCGUGCAAGUGGUCGUGGACAUUCAAGUCAUCUUUGGCAUCCUCCAGCGCGUCGUUGCGCGCGAAGAUCCGAACGCCAAGGCCGCGGCCAAGAAGGGCACGCCAUCGACGAAGGCACCGCCGCUCGACGUGACGCUGCUCGUGAGUUUUGCAAAGUACGCAGGCGCCGAGUUCCUCGGCCCCGGCAUGUCGGCGCUCGUGCCACAGACGAUGCAGGACCAGUUCCGCAGUGUGUUUGACCAGGCCUUUGAGCUCAUCGGCGGCAUGUACAUUGCGCAGCACCAGACCGUCCGAAAGCUCGAGAAACGCAACUUGAAGGAGGAGGCGAACCGCGGCGAGCUCUGCGAGGAGCACGCGGCCGAGUUUGCUGCGGCCACGACGCUCUGCGAGAAGCUCACGUCGAGUAUCACGACGCUUUCGGAGGCGCUGCAGAAACCUGUGCCAGCGCUGCCCAUCGACACCUCGGACGACGGUGCGCACUCGCAACUGCUUGUGUGGGACGGCAACGAGGGCCGCGCCGAGCUCCACGCGGACGGUCCGUUCGACGACGAGGACACGCGUUCGUUCUACGAAGACCUCCCAGACCUCCUCGAGCUUGUGCCUGCAGUCGUGCUCGGUCUCUCAGAGGCCGAAGUCGCGGAGCUCAAGGCCAAGCACGCAGCGGCGCCCGUCGAAGAAGCUGACGAGCCGCCAGCCGACGAGCCGGAUGCGGACACAGCGGUGGAAGACAUGGUCGACGCGACAGAAGCUGCAGGUGAUGACGCGACCGAAGCUGCGGGCGAUGACGCGUCGGCGCCGGCCCCGACCGCGGAGGACGAGAAGUCAAAGGAUGCCAAGGCCGUGUCAUACCACCACCAGAUGGACGCGUACUUUGCGACGCUCGAAGACAUGGUGAACCGGGACCGGUGCGACAAGGCGGCCAUUGCGUUCUGCUACACCAACUCGAAGGCGGCGCGUGCUCGGCUCGUGCAGACGCUCUUCAGCGUGCCUCGGACGCAUCUGGAGCUUCUCGCGUACUACUCGCGCCUCGCCGCGACGCUCCACAGCGUGCUCAAGGACGAUAUUGGCGGCAGCCUCGUGAAAAUGCUCGUGCAAGAGUUCAACUACUUCCAGAAGAAGAAGAACCAGUACCGGCUCGAGUCCAAGGUCAAGAACAUCCGGUUCCUGGGCGAGCUCACCAAGUUCAAGCUCUGCCCGCCCAACACGGGGUUUCGCUGCCUUCAGCGGCUCUUUGCCGACUUUCAAGGCCACAACGUCGUGCUCGCCACCACGUUUCUCGAGACGUGCGGGCGGUACCUCUACUGCAACAAGUACACGCACGCGCGCACGGCCAUGAGCCUCGACAUUAUGAUGCGCCUCAAGACGGCCAAGCACCUCGACCCGCUCGCGGAAACGCUCGUCAUGAACGCCUACUACAUGUGCAAGCCACCGGAGCGCGUCGCCCGCGUCAAGGCACCCAAGGACCCGGUCUACCUCUUCAUCCUCUCGCGCCUCGUGACGCUGCGGCCGGACGGCGUCGGACGUGUCGUCCGCGUCUGCCGCAAGCUCAACUGGGACGACCCGGUCGUGGUGCAGUAUGUGGUCAAGGCCGUACUCCACGUUGCCAAGUCUCAAGUGCUCCAGCUGAGCCUUGUUUGCGACGUCGUCGCGGGUCUUGCGCGCAUGCACGAGGAGCUGGGAGUGCACCUCGUGGACACGACGAUCGAGAUGCUUCGUUUUCUCUUGACGCUCAACAGCUACAAGUACCACCAGCGCUGUCUCGGCCUCAUCAAGCUCCUCGGCGAGCUCUACACGCACGGCCUCGUCAACUCGGUCGUCAUCUUUGAGACGCUCUACUGGCUGCUGCAGCACGGCCACGACACGACGGCAGGUCCGAUGGAGACGCCGUUGACGGACGACGCGCUGCGUCGCCUCGAGCUCGUGCCCGAUAUGAAGUACGAUCCGCGCGUGCCGAGCGACGUGGACGACGACCGCAACGUGUUUCGCAUCCGCCUCAUGUGCGCACUCUUGGAGACGUGCGGUCAAGGGUUCGACCGCGGUGUGACCCGGAAGAAGCUGGACCGGUUCCUCGUCUUCUUCCAGCACUACUGCCUCGCCAAAUCCGAGAUUCCGCUCGAGACGGAGUUUGUCGUGCUCGAUUUGCUCGAGCUCUUGCACCCGAAAGAAAAACCGAUGCGAUUUGCGACGUUUGCCGAGGCUGACGCGUCCGUCCAAGCCAUUUUUGCGUUGGAGCUCCAAGUCGCAGAGCGCACGCAGGCCAAGAACGGUGCGCAGGCUUCCAAGGGGGCCAUUGUGUCGAUUGCCGAGGACGACGACGACGACGAGAACGAAAACAAUGAGAAUGACGACGAUGAAAGCGGCGAUGAGAGCGACGGCGAUCUGGACGAGCACGGCGACGAUGCGCCUGAAAGCGGCGAGAGCGAGAGCGGUGAGAGUGAGGAGAGUGAGAGCGAGAGCGAAGACGAGCAGAUCAUCGUCAAGCACCAGCAGCCCGUGACGACGCCGGAGGACGACGAGUUUGACAAGGCUUUUCGCGCGCUCAUGCUCAGCGGCUCGGACGCGCGCAAGCUCGCGCCGCGUGGCAACGCCGACAAGAUGGCGAUUCCGACUGUCGUCAAGACGACGCACCACCUCGAGACCCCGAAGGACGACUCGUCCGUGGUCUUCCGUCUACUCAAGCGCGGCAACAAGGGCAAGCUCGAAGCCCGCGAGAUCCUCGUGCCGCAAGAAACGUCGCUUGCGCAGCACAGCCAGCGCCAGGAAGCGUCCGGGAAGAAGGAACAAUCAGAGCUCAAGCGUCUCGUGCUCUUGAACGUCGAGCGCGACGAGCUCCUCGCGCAGGACGAAGCGCUCGCGUCGCCAACGCACACACCCAACCCGACGCAGCAGUACCACGAGAGCCGUCGGCGCCAGCAGCAGCAGCGCCGGGAGGGCGACCAGUCGUACAUGUACGCCAACGCCCACGGGCGCGGUGCCACGUGGGACUCGCUCGAGUCGUUUCUCGGGGGCAACCGCAACACGGGACCGCCGGUGCAGAUCAUGCGUCCGCGCGGACAGCAGGGCGGUCGCGGUCGCGGCAGAUAA